CGCACACACGGCACAGUUCAGUCGUCGCCGGCGUCUGGCUAUCGGCGUUCGCGCCAAUACGCGUCCGCCAACCGAAGCAGACGCUUCUCCUCCGAACUUCGCUCCAACGUUUUGGCGCCAAAACCUGUUCAAACCUGAAAAUGGUCAAAUCUUAGUGCCAAACUAAACCAAAGUGUGUUUAAUAAGUCUGUCUAUUCAAUCGAUCAAUUCAAAUAAUAAGACUAUUGUAAGGAUGGACUGUUGCAAUUAUAUGCCGUAUCGGCACCAUCAAAAUUACUACGGGGGUCCUUACUAUGAUCCUUUGCCGCAGUACCGAGACGAUUACUACCAUCAUGGUCCUCCUCUCGGUUAUUCCGAUUACUACGGACCAUCACUGCCGUAUUACCAGCAGCAUUGGCAAUGUGCUCCUUCCUUUCAAGACUAUGUUUACAAUCCGAAAGAGGCUCGCAUCAGGAAGGCCUUGCGUGAGGCGACACGAGACCGUUCAAUCGGUGCUUCCCCGAUGUUGCCGAGGCCAAGCGCGCGCAGGGCUUCUCACGGCUGGAUGCCCACUCACGACGAGCCGCUACUGAUGUCCCCAUUAUCGGGCAUGCGAAGUGCCCUCGAUUCGCCAAUUUGCUUCCCGAUGAGCGGAAGCGGAAGUAGACAAUUUAUGCCGCCGAUGGGGGCCUACGGAAAAAUGGAUGCGGCAACGCCACAACCACCGCCCCCGACCGCCAACAUACACAACUACAUGCAUUCGCAGCCUAACCCUCUAAUGCAACAACAGACUGAGAUGUGGCAUAACUACCAAGAAAGUAUGAGACCUAGAUCUUCAGGCAUUUCGCCGUACAUGAUGCAAGAUCCUUAUUCGCAAGCACAGCAAGACUGCAGCUCGCUCAUGAUGGAAAAACACCAGCGCCAAACUCAUUCGGUGAGCAGCACCUCGAUGUCGAUGACGCCGCCGCACUCGAACGAAAACGUGCCGCCAGACGAGUGCAGCCGAGAGAUGCCGAUGAACAAUGGGCAGUCAAACGACGCGUCUUCGGGGCCCAUCGACUACAACGUCAAGAGCUCCGAGGCGCAGCCUCUGAUGGAGAGCAACGUUAUGCAACCGCAGAACGAGCAGUUUGUAGUUGGGAGCAUGGGUGGCCAGUAUGGGGGAAACUUGCAGAAUUUCGAGAAGCUUGAGGAGAUGAAACUAAAGAAGACUGCGAUGCGUGCGACUGCGCCUGCGCCUAUCGUAAGAAAAAAACCCCUUCCAGAUUUUAACGAGGCAUUCGGUUCGACGGAACGCGGCCGGUUCCAAAGCCCUCCCGAUCCGCGACUGGCACCGAACAACGUCGACUAUUUCCUCGACAGCGAAGAAAUCAAGUUUGAGGAUUUUCAAAUUUAAUCAAAAUAUUGUCGACAUAUUCAGGAAUUUUGAAAAGGUCGAGAUUGGGGUGUUUCAUUUUAAACGACCAUUUUUUUUCACCGAAAUAUUGUUCAAAACAUCGAAAAAAGUUUGAGCACUUAAUUUUGAUUCUAAGUAUUCAUUUAGAUUUUUUUCCCAUUUAAAAACAUGUAUUUUCAAUCUUUUUUUUUAAUUUUUAUAUCUUUGCCGUGUUUUAAGCAUAUUGUGCUUUAUUGUUACUUACAGAGUAAUUAACGAUUUUUAAAACAGCCUAUAAGAAUUUUUCUCUAACUCGAUUACCCUUGAUGGUAUCAGCUCUGAAAGUAAUUUAUUUUACUUUUUUCACAUUUUUGUAAAUAUUAAGAGAAUGGCUUAUGUUACCGAAAAAUUUUAAAGGAAAAUUUAAUUUUCUAAAAAAAGUCCCAAUGCUUAUAUCGCUAAAGUGCA